AUGUCUAAAACGUUCGUCAACGGCGUCGCCAAGAUGGGACGUCAGCAGCCGCAGGAACUCAACCGGCUUUUCAAGACGAUGGAACCCGAUGUUGAGGAAAGGAAAAGACCAUCAGAGACGUUACAAACUAAAUUCUCACGUGUUAUUAAGUCACUCCUCGGCGUUAGUUUGGCUCUCUCUAGUGGUAUGUGUCUUGGCCUGUCUGGUGUUUUCAGUCUGCUUGCCGUGAAGUCUGGUAUAACAGAGAUACAAAUCUUACUAGUACAGUCGAUAUGUAUGGUAGUCGUUUCGCUACCAUUUGUAUGUUACCUGAAAUUGAAUUUGCUUCCUAGCAGUAUCGUCGACCGCGUUAUACUUUUGUCUAUGGGAAUUCUAGAGAAUUUGGCCAACUUGGCCUAUUAUUACAGUAUGACGUAUAUUUCAGGUGUCGGUGACGUCACAGCCAUCUACUGUGCCGCAGUGCCUGUUUUUACACCGCUCAUGGCGAGUCUGGUGCUGCGGGAGCCAUGGAAACCAGUUCGCCACGGUAUAUCGACUGUUUUGAGCUUAGUCGGGAUUCUGCUGAUCUCUUUUCCCUCAAUCUUGGCCAAUCGAGGUAAAACAUACACCAAUAUCGACGUAUUCAACGACUCCGUUGGCUAUACCCUCGCUGUUCUCUGUGCGUUUGGUCUCUGCACGAACGCCGUUCUAGCGCGUGCGUUCACAACAGACGUUAGUAUCUUCACCAUAUCCAUAUACUCGGGCCUCGUCGGAACACCUGUCAGCUUAGCGCUCAAUUUCAUCAAAGAUAACCGCCACAUGGUACCAAUAAACACCGCUGAAGUUAUUGGAACGCUAUUCGGGAAAAUCGGUUUUUAUGUUAUGUACUUUGCAUUUCGAUAUCGAAGUCUUCACUAUGAAGCGGCCACUACUGUUGUGCUAUUAGGAAACAUAGAAAUUGUGGCGGCGUAUAUUGGCGAUGUUCUGCUGUUUCAGAAUACCCCAACUUUAGUGCAACUUGUAGGCGUCGGCCUGGUGGUCGUCAGCGCUGUCUUGGUUGCCUUCAUGACCGGACGUGCACAUGUUAGAGAGGCCCGGGAAUGGGCAUAA